UUUUAAUUAAAAAAUUUUUUAUAAUUUUCUUUACAGCUUAUGAUAACAAAUAGGACAAUCCUUAUAUUGCAAAAAUCCACUGGUGUCUCAUAUGGAACUCUAUAAUUCCUUUGAGCUUUGUCUUGGGGUAAGAAAUAAGCUAAGGAAACUCCCACCCCUAUUCAUGUUACGCAUACGCAACGUGUGCUGCUGUUUGACAGGCAAAAUCACAGCGUGAUUGAAAAAUUGUCAUUGAAAUUGGUCAGCGAUUUCCGCAAGUCAAGACAAGUUGGAAAAACAAACAGAUGAUGAAGGAACCGAACCGAUAAUCAAAGUGAUAUCCGACCGAGUGGCUUGUCAGUUGAGUGGGAUUCGAAUGGGAAUUGGAAUUGUGACAGUUUCGCCGGGGGAAAACUGACCACAUGUCAAUGCAAAGCAACUUCAAAGCGACGAAAUGACGGACGUGGCUAACGGAGUGGGCGGGGUUGGGAUGGAAUGGGGUAUUAAGAGGGGGCGUAAAUGCGGGCUAAUGGCAGGUAAUUGAGGAAAACAAUUUCGCAUUCGCAUAACUGGUAAAUGAACAAACCGUUGCUGCACUGUGUGUUAGCCAAUUUAAUUGGGCGAGAAUUCAUAAGCGAAAUAGUUUGUCGCACGGGGUGGAAAUUGAAAACGUUAUUUGAAUGCCAAAUGACAAUUAGUAAUUGUCGUUUGCCAGGGCCAAGAGGCCAUUUCAUUCCAUUUUGCUGACAGCUUGGGCUGCUUUAGGCCAACUCACAAAUCAAUUGUGGCCCACACGAAUGUGAGAAAUAGUUAAUGGCCAAAGCUGAGACGUCUUUGACCCCUCAAAACGGCAAUUGAACUCGGAAUUUUCAAUUUUGUGCACUGGCAGAAAUUAUCACUAAAUCAGUGUGUAGCACAAUAACAAACAUUCAGUAUCAUCAGUAAAAAACUAACCUAAUUAAUUAACAAGUAAUUUAAGUGACUAAUAAAUUGUGAUUUUUAACUGACAAGUGGAAUAAACUCUACUGAUAAACGGUGUAAUUAUUAUUGUGAAUACACUAACCCCUUAAGGUGUUUGAAACUAUUGAACUUGAUUUCUCUCUCUGCAUUUUUGCAUUAGUUGACACGCCAAUUAGUGCAUUUAUAAUUCAUGACGUGGGUUAAUUGCUACACUUAAACCCAGCAAAACGGCGAACUAUUGGGGGCUGUAAUUCCUCUAAGGCGAAUCCAAACCUUAUCUCGAACAACAGAUAUCAGAUAAAGUUCCUCAUGAUAAAGCCCGAAGAAGAGAGCGAUUGUGAAUCAGUUUUGGACGCAUCUUUGCAAUGGUAACCACACAGCGGACCAAGGAGAUUUGCCAAAUUAUACGGCUGAAGUCAACUCAGGUGUUCCUGGUGGCAGGAUCAUGUUUGGUAACGGUGAUGGUCACAUUGCUCUGCAUUGGCUUUAUGACCAGGUACGAGGUGGAGAACGAGGUGGCCAACGUGGCGGAUGUGGAUUAUUGGAAGGACAAGGUCGCCACCUCGCAGAAAAUCUGGUACGAUAAAGGAAUUGAUGAGCUCAACGAGGCACUAAGGCCAACGGAUUUUACUUAUCCCAAAAACGUGAGGAUAUUUGUGCUUCAGGGAAUCGAUGGACGAGACUUGGCUGGUUUGCGUUUUCCAAAUAGAGAUACCAGCCGAGGCAAUACCAACUUCAUUUGGGAUCGGUUUCCCCACUUGGCUCGCUUGGAAAACAGUUGUAGUCAGCAGUUUCCUUGUGAAGUGGCACGAGUUUCCAGAGCCUUUUGGUCGGGAAUACCUUUGGAUAAGGUCCCAGAAAGUCAGGAGGAUUGCGGAAGGGCAUUUAAUGCCACCCAAACCUCGAUAAGUAUUCUUCGACAGGCUCAAUUGGCUGGCCUGCGAACGGGUUUUGUGACCACUCAAAGGAUUACAGGCUUCACAGGAGCUGCUUUGGGAAAUACUAAUGGCAACUUUGAAUGCAAUGAAAGGAUGCCUCGGAGUGCCAUUGAAUCCGGUUGCCAGGAUAUAGCCCAUCAGUUGAUCUCUGGUGAAACUGGUAAAUCACUGAAUGUACUCAUCGGUGGAGGCAGGCAAAUGCUGAGCAGUCUCGUGCCCAACACCAAAUACGAUCCAGUGGAUGAGCUGCUCUGCGAGUCCAACGAUGGACGCAACUUGCUAAAGGAUUGGAGAACCCAAAAACUGAGGGAGAGCAAAGUCAAUCCAAUAAUAUUCGAUUUGAUUCAGCGAAGCGAUGAACUGGAUUCCCUAAAUGCUAGUAGUUUUGACUACCUAAUGGGUGUGAUGGCCAAUGGAGAUCUGAGUGGUAAUUCAAAGGCCCCAAGUCUGAAAUUAAUGGUGGAGAAGUCUCUGCAAGUGCUUAAUAAGUAUAAACAAGGAUAUCUACUCAUAGUUGAGCAAUUUAUACCAUCGGGCGUUGACAAAAGAGAGCAGUUGCAGCUUUUGAAUGAUACGUUGGUUAAUCUUCACAAGGAUCAGGAGACUUUAACUCUGGUCUUAAUGACCAGUGCCAUCUAUCCAAAAGCAAGCCUGGAUGUCAGCGAAGAAACCGAGACAAUCAGCCUCCUUCCGGAGAUUUUUAAUGAGCCGGAAUCUGAGAUCCAAAAGAGGAUGUACCAAAUGCCCUCGGAAAGUUUACUUUUUGCACAGGGCCUCAAGUCCCCCAUUUUUCACGGUGUAAGAAAAGAAACCUUCCUGGCACAUGCAGUAUCGCAUGUCCUUAGCAGAAGUAGAACUCAAACUUAGCACACUUCAAAUAUAUGAAAGCAUAUUUAAAUAUAUUUAUAUAGAAUUGCAAUAGCUGUCCCCGAAUAAAAGACGUGCUUAUAA